AUGGCCACCUCGGCGAGCUCCCACUUGAACAAAGGCAUCAAGCAGGUGUACAUGGCCCUACCUCAGGGUGAGAAAGUCCAAGCUAUGUACAUCUGGAUCGACGGUACUGGAGAAGGACUGCGCUGCAAGACCCGAACCUUGGAUUCUGAACCCAAAUGUGUAGAAGAGUUGCCUGAGUGGAAUUUUGAUGGCUCUAGCACUUUUCAGUCUGAAGGGUCCAACAGUGACAUGCAUCUUGUCCCUGCUGCCAUGUUUCGGGACCCUUUCCACAAGGACCCCAGCAAGCUGGUGUUCUGUGAAGUCUUCAAGUACAACCGAAAGCCUGCAGAGACCAAUUUAAGGCACACCUGUAAACGGAUAAUGGACAUGGUGAGCAACCAGCACCCCUGGUUUGGAAUGGAGCAGGAAUAUACCCUCAUGGGCACUGAUGGGCACCCCUUUGGUUGGCCUUCCAACGGCUUUCCUGGGCCCCAAGGUCCCUACUACUGUGGUGUGGGAGCAGACAAGGCCUACGGCAGGGAUAUUGUGGAAGCUCACUACCAGGCCUGCUUUUACGCUGGCAUCAAGAUCGGGGGCAUGAACGCUGAGGUCAUGCCUGCACAGUGGGAAUUCCAGAUAGGACCCUGUGAAGGAAUUGACAUGGGCGAUCAUCUCUGGGUGGCCCGUUUCAUCUUGCAUCGUGUGUGUGAAGACUUCGGAGUGAUCGCCACCUUUGAUCCUAAGCCCAUUCCUGGGAACUGGAAUGGUGCCGGCUGCCACACCAACUUUAGCACCAAGGCCAUGCGAGAGGAGAAUGGUCUGAAGCACAUUGAGGAGGCCAUUGAGAAACUAAGCAAGCGGCACCAGUACCACAUCCGAGCCUACGAUCCCAAAGGGGGCCUGGACAAUGCCCGGCGCCUAACUGGAUUCCACGAAACCUCCAACAUCAACGACUUCUCUGCUGGCGUGGCCAACCGUGGUGCUAGCAUCCGCAUCCCCCGAACUGUUGGCCAGGAGAAGAAGGGCUACUUCGAAGAUCGUCGCCCAUCUGCCAACUGUGACCCCUUCGCCGUGACGGAAGCCCUCAUCCGCACAUGUCUUCUGAACGAAACCGGCGACGAGCCCUUCCAAUACAAGAACUAA